AUGAAAAGUAAAAAUACUAAAGUAGUAGCAACUGCACGGAAUCUUAAAAUAAAUAAAGUGGUGGACAACUCUUCCCUGACCGGAGAGUCCGAACCUCAGUCACGAUCACCUGAAUGCACUAAUGAAAAUCCUCUAGAAACUCGUAACAUCGCAUUCUUUUCCACCAAUGCCGUUGAAGGAACUGCCAAAGGAAUUGUUAUUUGCACUGGUGAUAGAACCGUUAUGGGUAGAAUUGCUCAUUUGGCUUCUGGACUGGACACCGGCAUGACACCUAUCGCACGAGAAAUUGAGCAUUUCAUCCAUUUGAUCACCGGAGUGGCAGUGUUCCUUGGAGUGUCGUUCUUUGUAAUUGCAUUCAUUCUGGGAUAUCACUGGCUAACGGCUGUUGUGUUCCUUAUUGGUAAGCAUCAAUCUUCACAAUAGUC